AGAAACCAAUUGCUGAGCCUGUCACCUGUAUUCCAGGAACCGACGCAGAAAUGUCCGCAGCAAAACCAGACAUACCUGCUCCACUGGACAACGUGAAGUAUGAAUACACUAAGAUCUUCAUCAACAAUGAAUGGCAUGACUCAGUGAGUGGCAAGAAAUUCCCUGUCCUCAAUCCUGCCACGGAGGAGGAGAUCUGCCAGGUCGCAGAAGGAGAUAAGGCAGAUGUGGACAAAGCAGUGAAGGCCGCAAGACAGGCUUUCCAGAUCGGUUCUCCAUGGCGUACGAUGGAUGCUUCCGAGAGAGGACGCCUGCUCUACAAGCUGGCUGACUUGAUUGAAAGAGACCGUUUGCUGCUAGCAACAAUGGAGUCCAUCAAUGGAGGAAAAAUAUUUUCUAAUGCCUACCUGAUGGACUUAGGAGGCUGCAUCAAGACACUACGCUACUGUGCAGGCUGGGCCGACAAAAUCCACGGCUCCACCAUACCGAGCGAUGGAAACCUUUUCACUUACACAAGACAUGAACCUAUUGGAGUCUGUGGCCAAAUCAUUCCUUGGAACUUUCCAUUGGUUAUGUUCAUUUGGAAGAUCGGGCCUGCCCUGAGCUGUGGAAACACUGUGGUGAUCAAGCCAGCUGAGCAGACGCCCCUCACUGCUCUUCACAUGGCAGCUUUGAUAAAAGAGGCAGGUUUUCCUCCCGGAGUGGUGAAUGUGGUCCCUGGAUACGGGCCGACUGCAGGGGCAGCCAUCUCUUCUCACAUGGACAUCGACAAAGUGGCUUUCACUGGCUCAACAGAGGUUGGCAAACUAAUCAAAGAAGCUGCCGGGAAAAGCAAUCUGAAGAGGGUCAGCCUGGAGCUGGGGGGAAAGAGCCCCUGCAUUGUGUUUGCAGAUGCUGACUUGGACAAUGCCGUUCAAAUGGCACACCAGGGAGUGUUCUACCACCAGGGCCAGUGCUGUGUAGCUGCUUCCAGGCUUUUUGUGGAAGAAUCCAUCUAUGAUGAGUUUGUACGAAGGUGUGUUGAGCGGGCUAAGAAAUAUGUUCUUGGCAAUCCUCUGACUCCAGGAAUAAGUCAAGGCCCCCAGGUGGACAAGGAGCAGCAUAAUAAAAUUCUUGACCUUAUUGAGAGCGGGAAGAAAGAAGGCGCUAAGCUGGAAUGUGGAGGAGGACGCUGGGGAAAUAAAGGCUACUUUGUCCAGCCCACAGUUUUCUCUAAUGUUACAGAUGAAAUGCGCAUUGCCAAGGAGGAGAUAUUUGGACCAGUGCAACAGAUCAUGAAGUUCAAAACUGUAGAUGAAGUGAUCAAGAGAGCAAACAAUACUACUUAUGGCUUAGCAGCAGGGAUCUUUACUAAAGACCUCGAUAAAGCUCUAACCGUCUCCUCUGCACUGCAAGCAGGCGUGGUGUGGGUAAAUUGCUAUCUUUUGUUAUCUGCCCAGUGCCCCUUUGGUGGUUUCAAGAUGUCUGGAAAUGGACGAGAAAUGGGAGAAUAUGGCCUGCGUGAAUACACUGAGAUCAAGACAGUUGCCAUGCAAAUCUCUGAGAAGAACUCCUAAAAGAACCCUUACCGAAGUAAAAGGAAGACCCUUCUCCAUUGUUGAAGCAUCUUCUACGGUUACUAAAACAGUUAGAUUUAAAUAAAAAAUGAUUUUUCUUUGAUUUUUUUUAAAACAUAGCUAAUCAUUAGUGCUAAUACUACUCAUAGAAACCAUGUUGUGAAUUCUGAAACCAUGAAGUAUGUUCCUUUUCAUAUGUGAUCCCAAUUCCUAUCCUAAAUAAAAAUGAUGGAUUUGAGCGCAAGAUAGCUCUAUGCUUGUCAUAGUCAUACACUUUCCCUUGUAGCUACAUAUCUAGAAUAUCACCUCGUAGAAAAGGAUCUGUAGUUAUUUAGCCCUUUUCCCAUAAUGACUUCUUAAAGUACUCAACACACAUUAACUGCACAGUAAGUUGCUCGAAAUGUUUCCUAUAAUGUCAUGUCUGCUUGUCAAAUGAAGUACUUAGCUGUAUCUGACUACAAAGCUUAAUAAAACACAAUCCUGCAUGA